GUUUACAGAAUGAUCAUAAGGCUAUCAUGGUGGAUAUCGAGGAGGCACUUCAUAAUCUGCAUGCAACCGCAAGGGUCAAACAUGAGAAAGAUGAGACAGAAAUGGACGUCACCGAGCCAACCGUGUCUCUGCCGGCCCCGUUUGCACUGGUAGACGCCGUAACACAGGGCUCCCCUGCUUUUCAGGCCGGUCUGCGAGUCGGUGAUGAGAUUAUAGAGUUUGGGUCCAUAAAUACACAAAACUUCAGGAAUCUGCGUGACGUCGCUUCUGUUGUCCAACACAGUGAAGGGAAAUCCAUACGUGUUGGAGUAAUCCGAAGUGGACAAGAAGAACAUCUUCAUUUGACUCCGAAGCAAUGGUCUGGUAGAGGACUACUGGGGUGCAACUUAUUGCCUCUGCACAGAUGACCAGUGAAAGGGCAAGGAUCAUCUUUAUGCCAAACACCUCUUUUGCACCAAAUAAAUUUGCAAUGGGUUAACUUUAAUUUUGCUUUUGCAUUCAUUGUGAAAUUGAGUUAAGUAAAUAAAUGACCAAGGAGAGAUGGCAGACCAUUUAGUAUCAGACUUUCGUAAUCUGUCAGAUAGGAUGAGUAGAGAAUUUAUUAGCAAGGUUUUUACUUACCUUCUUCUCCUUUUACAUUUCUUGCAUCCAUAUGCAAAAGUUCUCAACAUUUCUAUGUUAAAACGGCUGAAUGGUAAGAGCAGUCAUUCUGAAGUGAGUGGGCUGUGAAAGGUUGCAUAAGCUGCAUACGCUUUGUUAUUAGAAGAACACCAGAGUGAGUAAAUAAUGUCUGAAUUUUAAUUUUUUGGGUGAACUAUCCUUUUAAUAUGAGUGAUAAACAUAGU